GAUCAAUGUCUCUGUUCCAGAUUCUCUUCACAACCCAAAUCACCAUUCUUAAAAACAACCCAUGCAUGUCUGUUCUUCAAUUUUGUAAAAUCAAACAAUAUCAAUCGAUCAACAUCUCCCAUUUCAAAAAGCUCACACCUUUCAAUUAAGAAAUCUCAAUUAUUCAUUUCAUGGCAGAAUUCAACAGCCCAAGGUACCGUUCUGGAGCAGCAGAAAAGGAGAUAAAAGAAACCCUUUACGCCCAACAAAAGCUUCUCAAAAAUAUUUCCAAUGAUUUGGAAGUUGAAAGAGAAGCGGCUUCAAGCGCCGCGAGCGAAGCCCUUUCGAUGAUAUUAAAACUUCAAGGAGAGAAAGCAGCCUUAAUGAUGGAGGCUAAUCAAUACAAAAGGUUAGCCGAAGAAAAAAUGUGUCAUGCAGAAGAAGCAAUUGCCAUUUUUGAAGAUAUCAUUUAUCAGAAAGAAAUGGAGAUUGUUUCUUUAGAAUAUCAACUUCAAGCUUACCGUUAUAAACUCGUUAGCAUGGGUUGUAAUGAUAUCGGAGUAUAUGAAUCCAGUUUUCCAGAACAUCUGUUACAGAGAAACGACAGGUCUGGAGACAAUAUCGGAGGAGAUCAGGGGAGUUUAAGAAGAAACUCAAUGCCUACAUUUUCUUCGUUCAAAUCCUUCGACCAGAAAAGGGUUUUAAACGAUUCUUCUGAUUUGAUCCCGGAAAUAGAGGAGGAGUUAGAAAUUUUUAAGGAUGCAGAUGAUUCUGUCGACGACGGGGAAAACAAAUCUAUGGAUGAUGUUAUGGUUGGAAACGACAUGAACAUGUAUUGGGAUCAAAUUCAAAAGCUAAACCAACGAUUAAAGGGAAUAACAGGGUGGGGAGGAGACAACCCUUUUGCAUCAAACUCAAAGGGAGAUCAAGAACAAGAACAAGACCAAGAACAAGAUCACAAUCGGGGAAAAGAACAAGAACAAGAUCACAAUUGGGGAAAAGAACGAGAACAAGAAGAAGAACGCAAAGAACAACCGGUUUCCUCUGUAUUGCGUUCGAUUUCUUUGGCACCAAUUAUAACUAACCAUAAGCGCACAUCUCCAUCCAAAGUCCAUGACGUGUUUGAAGUUCCACAGAGUGAAGGAAACGAAAUACCAAGAACAACAGGACCCCUUGCGCGAAUGGCAACUGAAAAUGUAAAAAAGAUGAUGAAUUUGCAUACAGGUAAGAGGUUGUUAACAAGGCCAACCGACAUUAGUAUGUUGGCUUCGGAUCAUCCGUAUUCGAUAGAGAUUGGUGAAUCUCAAACUUCGAUUCAGCCACCAAUUAGACCUACCAAAGUUAAAGGGUGUAAAAAAUGUGGUCAUUUGGGUGAUUUUGGAGGGUUGAUGAUUUUGAAGGACAUACAAGAAAAAGUUAAUUCAAUCCAGUUAGAUAUUAGAACCUUAAAGGAUGAUCAUCAGAAUAAUAGAUCAUCAUCUUCUUCAACUAGAUCACAUGAUCAACCCAACCUAAACAAUCUAAGUGAGUUAAUGCUACACUUUUGGCUGUGAAAGCUUAAUGGAUUCUAUCAACCUGAGCAUCUAUUCUCCUCCACGCCUUCUCUAUCGCAAGAAUAUAGCGAGAGAAGAGCUAUCGCUCAGCGACUUCAUUUCAGAUUCAGUUUUGUUUUUCAAACUAU